UAUAUAUGAAAUAGAUAAAGCAUAUGUUUGCUAAGGCAAUUAAUAUUCUACAUUGAUCAAUUGUCAUGGAAGUGAUUCCUGGAGCAGUUCUUUUUCUGUUGUUUCUUUGGUUUUCUUUCUGGGUAGGUGGAGCCAUGGAUUGCGCAGGGAACAACAUUGUACACACCAUCACAGUUGAUCAACAAGGCAAAGGAGAAUUCACAACAGUUCAAGCCGCCAUUGAUUCGAUAAUGAAAUUCAAUAAUCGAUGGGUCAAACUUCACAUAAAUGCUGGCACCUACACAGAGAAAGUUGAAAUUUCGGAAUAUAAGCCAUGCAUAUUUUUAGAAGGAGCUGGUAAAGAGGUCACAACCAUUAGAUCUAGUGGCUACCACAGCACUUCCACCAUUAAAUCAAGUGUCAAAAACCGAAACGAAAACACGGGUGCUAUAUUCGUCUCUUUUCCCCCUAAUGUCAUCGUGAUCGGCAUUACCUUUGAGAACUCAUUUAAUUUGAUGGGAUCACAACCCAUCCAACCAGCACCAGCUGCGGCCAUAUACGGUGACAAAUCUGUCUUCCUCGAGUGUGGUUUCAAAAGUUAUCAAGAUACAUUGUUUGAUGAAUUGGGACGUCAUUAUUUCAAAAAUUGCUAUAUUCAAGGUGAGGUGGAUUUCAUUUAUGGAGGUGGUCAAUCUUAUUAUGAGGCUUGUACCAUUAAUGCUACACAAGAAAAACCUUCUUCAACGGGUUUUGUAACGGCCCAAUCCCGAUAUUCAGAAAAGGACACAAGUGGCUUUGUUUUCAGAACAGGUAGUGUAACUGGAAGUGGUGAAGUGAAUCUUGGAAGAGCAUGGGGACCUUAUUCAAGAGUUAUAUUUUACGGAACAUAUUUUUCUUCAAUAGUAUCUCCUCAAGGAUGGAAUGCUUGGAAUUACAGAGGCCAAGAGUCCAAACUUACUUAUGCUGAGGUUGACUGCACCGGACCAGGUGCAAACACUACAGAACGUGUUCAAUGGAGAAAAAACCUCACUAAUUCGCAGUUAAAUGAGUUUUCUUUAUCAUCUUACAUCAACAAAGAUGGGUGGCUUUCCAACUUACCAAUUAAAUUUUAGUGUUUUUAUCUUCCCAAACUUAGGUUAACAUGUAUUGUAUGUCAAUCAAGAUUAGUACAGAUA